CUCCUACUCAUUCUAACGACAACUCGCGAAUGGCAUUCUCAUGUUGCCGUGUCUGCAACACAUCUAGUAUGCUUAUGUUAAUACUCGGCUUUGUCAAUGUUAAUCUUUAGUUUUAGUAGAAUCGGUCAGUUUGAACGUCAUGUUCAGCAGAGCUGUAACAACGCACCGGGGCGACAGUCGUGAAAAGUUGCAACGGACAGACGCGCUCAGCUGCUUCAGAAGUUGUUGGCAUUGGCUGAUGAAAGCGGCGGACACCACUCCAGUUUACGAAGAAAAUGAACUGCUUAAGAGGAGACUGUGAUUCUUAAUCAUUAGCAUCAUAUUCAUCAGGGCGAGCAGCGGCGGCACCCGCAUCAACUUCGCUUCUUCCUCGUGGCUGUGAAAGCACGAGGCCGCCGGGCUUCAAGUUGCCAAGAAGAUGAACCUCCAAGUUAUGCCUGAGCACAAGCUCUCAUCUGUUGCCCCCUUGAAACCUUACAAUGUGGAAAAGAAAGAAGUUGAACUCAUUCUGGUGAAGGAACAGAAUGGGGUCCAGUACACCAACUCCUCCAUCAUCGAAACCCCAAGCCCAGGUGGCUGUCCAUCUGCGGUGGCCCCUACUGAUGAGGAAAGAGAAACAUGGGGAAAGAAAUUAGACUUUCUCUUGUCGGUCAUUGGCUUUGCUGUGGACUUGGCCAACGUUUGGAGAUUUCCCUAUUUGUGCUACAAAAACGGCGGAGGUGCCUUUUUGAUCCCAUAUACUCUUUUCCUGUUUAUUGCCGGGAUGCCUCUCUUUUACAUGGAGCUGGCUCUAGGACAGUACAACAGACAAGGCGCAGCUACAGUGUGGAAGAUAUGCCCAGCGUUCAAAGGUGUUGGCUACACGGUCAUCAUCAUUGCCUUGUACGUGGGCUUCUACUACAAUGUCAUCAUAGCCUGGUCCCUAUACUACCUGUUCGCCUCCUGCACCAGUCAACUACCUUGGCUCCACUGCAAUAACAAGUGGAACAGUGAAAACUGCACAAUCCCAACGCUCAUCAACGGUUCUGUCCUGGGAAACGGGACCAGUUAUUCUAAAUACAAGCUCACGCCAGCAGCUGAGUUCUACGAGCGUGGUGUCCUUCACAGUUAUCAGAGCAGAGGAAUCCAUGACCUGGGGACUCCACGCUGGGAGCUCGUCCUGUGCCUGGUGGUGGUGGUCUUCAUCCUCUACUUCAGCCUGUGGAAGGGGGUCAAGUCCUCAGGAAAGGUGGUGUAUGUCACAGCCACUAUGCCCUACAUGGUGCUGUUUGUGCUGCUGAUUCGAGGCAUCACUCUACCAGGGGCUAUGAAUGGCAUAAGAGACUACCUCUCCAUUGACCUUAAGAUGCUGAACAAGCCAUCGGUCUGGAUUGAUGCUGCAACUCAGAUAUUCUACUCCCUGGGGGCAGGAUUUGGAGUUCUCAUCGCAUAUGCCAGUUAUAAUAAAUUUGACAACAACUGCUACAGGGAUGCCAUCCUGACCAGUACGGUGAACUGCGUCACCAGCUUUUUCUCAGGGUUUGCCAUCUUCUCUGUGUUGGGUUACAUGGCACAGAAACAUGGCGUGAAGAUCAAAGAUGUGGCCACUGAAGGGCCAGGACUGGUGUUCAUUAUCUACCCAGAGGCCAUCUCCACUCUCCCGUUGUCUACACUGUGGGCCAUCAUAUUCUUCAUUAUGCUUUUGACCCUUGGCAUUGACAGUUCAAUGGGAGGCAUGGAGGCCGUUAUCACUGGCCUUUCAGAUGACUUUCAAAUACUUAAGAGGAACCGCAAGGCAUUCACUUUUGCCACAGCAUUUGGAACAUUCCUGGUUGCCCUACUCUGUAUCACCAAUGGAGGGAUCUACGUGUUGACCUUGCUGGACAACUACGCUGCUGGGACCUCCAUUCUGUUUGCAGUACUGAUCGAGGCCAUCGGCGUCUCAUGGUUUUACGGCGUGGACAGAUUCAGUGAGGAUAUCGAGCGCAUGAUGGGCUUCAAGCCAGGUCUUUACUGGAGGCUCUGUUGGAAGUUUGUCAGCCCAGCCUUUCUCCUGUUUGUGGUCAUCGCAAGUAUCGUCACCUCUACUGGCUUAAAAUACGAUGACUACACAUUUCCUGCAUGGUCUAACGUGGUUGGCUGGAGUAUAGCUUUGUCAUCCAUGCUUUUUGUACCUAUCUAUGCCAUUUAUAAGUUCAUCAGUGUUCCAGGUACCUUCAAAGAGAGGAUAGCCUACUGUAUUACCCCGGAGCACGAACAUCACCUGGUGAGAGAAGGGAAUGUCAGGCAGUUUAAGCUCAAACACUGGCUGGCCAUUUGAUGGAAGCCCCCCCCCCACCCCCUCCUUGUUGUCCAAAGCGAAAUGGAAGUAUGUCGCUAGAGAAGGUGUUGCACCCUGCAGAGGGGUCUGCUGUUGGUUGGCGAGAAGGGAGAAGCCUUCCGUGGGGAGGUGGACAGGGUGAAGCACCGGCUUCUUUGUGUUCUGAACAAUGCACCGUCCGCACCGCUCCAUUACUGUUAAAUGGGUAUCGCUACUUUUCAGUGGACAAAAAAAACAUACUGUCUGUGUUCUUGCUCCCCCCCCCCCCACCCCCAAAGAUGAAAUCAAACCAAAUAAUUCUCAUAAACUAAACAUGCUGGAAAUCUACCGGUAUUUUAUUCACAAAACAAAUUCUUAUCAUUCUGAGUCUAUGUUUAACUUUUUUUGUCAGUGUUAUUGCUAUAUGUUUGCCGAAUGUUUAGAAAACCCACAACAAUAUCAGAAAUGCUAAACAGUCCUCAACUCUUUGUGUGGCAAAGGAAAGCAUUUCAGGCUGUAGUUGUAGUUUUCUUGGGAAACCCUUUGAAGAGAGGCUUUAGACCUCCAGCUCAUUGUGACUGUGUAAAGACAACCACAAGCUUCGGUCUCCCUUCCGAAACCUAAUGUUGGAUUGCAACCAAUGAUUUACUUGCUUGCAGAGCUUGUCUUUUGUCAGAACAUUGUCAUUUCCACCCCAAAUAACAUUUCUGGCAGAGUACUUUUGUAUGAAACACUGGCUAAUCUCUGGUUAACAUGUUUUAUAUUGAACCAACAGUUUAAGGGUAGUGAUGGAAUAAGUUCACCCAUUGUUUGAGGGACGUCUUGUCUAUGGAGAUGUAAAAUAAAGAAGGAGAAAGGGUAGGAGGCCAUUGCUAGGGAAACUCCAUGACAACAUUCAUCAAGCUCUAUUGUGUCAGUGCCUUAUCAAGCUAGACACUUCAAAUACUACAUUCACUACUGCUUAUCUCUCGGUUUGUGACAAACAUCCACCUGUACUUCUGCCUUGAAAAGCAUGUUAUAUGGGCAGUAUGUGACAUUUUGUUCUCUAAGAUUACAACUCUGCAUAUAGUUCAGCUUGGCCAUUUUGAUUUUGUGUACAAGGAGUAUCAUUUAUCUCACAGAAAAGGGAACAGACCAUGUUGACACUACUUACUAAAGGUCCUUCCAAAGAUAUACUUUACUUUACUCAGAUCUUUAAGGAGGUCUAGACUCUGCCACUCUUAUAAAGAGUUUUGUUUUCUUAUUGUUUAUCAUCAUCCAAUGAUGGAUUAUGACUUUUGUCAGUUUUGCUUCUCUAGAGAAGUAUGUGUUAUUAAUUCAAAUACUUUGAAUUUGUACUGUUUUAGAAUUAGAGGCCUGUUCUUGAGUUUAUGUAGUGACAAUGAGGGUAAUUUGAGACAACAGGUCUAGAAUCUAGAAAGCAGCUCCCAUCAAAAGUGCUUGUUUAAUUUAGUAUAUUUGUGGACAGCCUGCCAUUGGGAGGCAAUGGUGGGAUAUAGAUGAUUUGCAUCAGUUUGAUUCUGUUUUACAUAGCAAAUGGAGGGGCCACGAUUUGUUUUCUAAAGAAACUCUGAACAUUGGUUUACAAGUAAUAAUGUUAAAGACUACAAAAUAAAUUUAAUUAUUUGACAUUGUAAGAUCAUCAACCCACAUCAAGGGUUGCCACUCCACUGUAGUCCACUUAUUACAGAAAAUGAUUUUCCUCUAUGGUGUGCGGGUGUUUGUGCGUGAGUGUGUGCGUGUGCUAUUGCUAUAUGUAUUGUAUGUGUGUAACACAAUUGCAAAUCUUUCACAAAAUGACAGUCAUAACCACUGUUUUGUCAUGUGUAUGAUUGUGUUGUUCAGCAGAAAACGUGAUACUUCGCAUAAUUUCCCCUGAUUUUUUCAUUUUAUGAUAAAAUCUUUAAAGUAUCCAAAUGUAUAACCUUUAAUGUCAUUGUUUUUAUAUUAUUGUAAUUUUUUGUUGUUGUUUAUUAGAGUGAAAUUAUGAAAUCUAAACAUCACUUUGUAAACAGUGCAUAGUAGGAAAUAAGCCACACAUUAAAUUUUAAGAUAUUUGUGUGUUAAAUAAAGUAUAUAUACAUAUUCUUUUGUUAUAUAUCUAAUCUUGUAUUUAUCAAAUUGUUUAUAAGGAGACGUGAGUGUAAAGUAUUUUAAACGUUAGUGUCAACUGUUAAAUCAUGGUGUUCGAUGUAAGACAAAUUACAGUAUUCAGAAAUGUAUUCUUCAGUGUAACCCAGGAUCACUUUCACUGCAGGAAUGUAGCGGAGUCUGGCCUGGCAUUACUGAACUCCGAUUGUGUACACACUACAAUGUCCUGUUAAACAUGCAAAACAACUAUCUAUUAAAGACAAAUCCAAUUAUU